AUGGAAACCACACUCGAAGACAUCGCCUACCUCCUCACAAUCCCCACGGGAGCCUUAUCUCUUGAUGGAUCCACCAUGUACUUCGUCGUAGUUGACGAUGGAAUCCUAGUCGAGAGACAUUGGAACGGCAAUGAAGUAACCCGGCAAUAUUUCAUCUCGGAGGACGUCGCGGAAUCACCUUCUGCGAAGUAUUUGCUGAGCGAUGAUGUUCGCCGCAUAUUCUGCCCCUCCGCCGAAAACGUCCUGCAGUGCUACCAAUGGGACGAGUCCGAGGAGGAAUGGGAUGAAGUGACACUUGUGACUCAGGAUACUCCUGCUGUUCAUCCGAGAAGCAAGGUCAGUGGUUGCUUCAACGGAGAUAAUCAAUUGAUCUUCUAUCAAGAUCCUUCUGGUUGCCUCCAAGGUCUUCGUAUUGACCAGGACGGGAACUGUAGCGCGCUUCCUCCUUUGUUGGCGAAGACCUCCGAGCGUCCUCUCGUUCAUACUGCAUAUGAGGCAGAUGACGAAUCCAUUCAUGUCUUGUACUUCGAUCAUACGACGAAGGUGAUUCGUGAUUUAAAGUGGGAUGGUGACACGAAUUGGCAAGACACAAUCGCAAGUUCCGGAGAAGGCUUUGGCAAUCACGAGCUGUCCUCAUUCGUCAAAACCUCGACACAUGAAGAAGAAACCGGGUUUCUAGCCAUCUCAACUGAUAACAUAGUCCUCUCUAUCAAUUCGCAGGGUCAACGCGUCGAAUUGGGGUCCUUUGAUCGUAAGCGAUUUGUGGCCGCAACAAGUGAGGAAUGCAUAUAUGAGACAUUGACUCUGCUGAAGAAUCUUGUGACCCGGUUCGGCGGGAAAAGCAAGAAGUAGUUACGGGGUAUUAG